AUGAUAUUCUCAAUUGUUUAUGUACUAGAAUCUUGUGAUAUGCCAGCAUUUAACAAUGCCAGAGCCAAAAAUAGCAUCACAUGGUUUAAGCUGAGUGACAUAUUGGACUAUGAAUGCCAUGAUGGUUAUGAAAGCGCAAGUGGAAGCACCACUGGCUCCAUAGUGUGUGGUUACAAUGGUUGGUCUGAUUCACCCACAUGUUACGAACAAGAAUGCAGUCUUCCUAAAAUCGAUGCUCAAUUAGUUCCUGAACCCAAGAACGACCAGUUUAAAGUUGGAGAGGUGGUGAAAUUCUCCUGCAAACCAGGAUUUACCAGAGUUGGAGCUAAUUCAGUUCAGUGCUACCACUUUGGAUUGUCCCCUCAACUCCCAAUAUGUAAAGGUGAAUGUUUAAAGGAAACAAAGAAAGAAGAAUAUGCACACAGUGAAGUGGUGGAAUAUUACUGCAAUCCCAGAUUUCUAAUGAAGGGGCCUAAUAAAAUUCAAUGUGUUGAUGGAGAGUGGACAGCUUUGCCAAUGUGUAUUGAGGAGGAGAGUACCUGUGGAGAUAUACCUGAACUUGAACAUGGCUAUGCCCAGCCUUCUUCUCCUCCCUAUUACUAUGGAGAUUCAGUGGAGUUGAAUUGCUCAGAAACAUUUACAAUGAUCGGGCACAGAUCAAUUACAUGUAUUAAUGGAGUAUGGACCCAACUUCCUCAGUGUGUGGCAACAGAUCAACUGAAGAAGUGCGAAACAUCACCGUUAAUUAUAAUUGAGGGAAAUUUAAUCAAAAAGAAAGAAUUUGAUCAUAAUUCUAACAUAAGGUACAGAUGUAGAAGAAAAGAAGAACAAAAACACUCAGUCUGCAUAAAUGGAAGGUGGGAUCCGGAAAUGACCUGCUCAACGACACAAAUACAACUAUGCCCACCUCCACCUCAGAUUCCCAAUUCUCUGAAGAUCACAACCACAUUGAAUUAUCAAGACGGAGAAAAAGUAUCUGUUCUGUGUCAAGAAAAUUAUCUAAUUCAGGAAGGAGAAGAAAUUAUGUGCAAAGAUGGAAGAUGGCAGUCAGUACCACGCUGUGUUGAAGAAAUUCCGUGUUCACAACCACCGCAUGUAGAACAUGGAACCAUUAAUUCAUCCAAAUUUUCAGAAGAAAGUUAUGCACAUGGGACAAAAUUGAGUUUUACUUGUGAAGAUGGUUUCAGGAUAUCUGAAGAAACUGAAAUAACAUGCUCUAUGGGAAAAUGGAGUUCUCCACCUCAGUGUGAAGGUCUUCCUUGUAAGUCUCCACCUAAGAUUUCAAAUGGUGCUGUAGCUCACAUGUCAGACAGUUAUCAGUAUGAAGAAGAAGUUACAUACACAUGUUCUGAAGGUUUUGGAAUUGUUGGGCCAGCCACUGCAAAAUGCUUGGGAGAAAAAUGGUCCCAACCUCCAGCAUGCAAAAGAACGGAUUGUCUUGGUGUACCGAGGUUUCCAAAUGCCAUACCCGAGGGAGAGACGAAGAAUUCAUAUAGGUCGGGUGAGCAGGUGACUUACACUUGUGCAGAGUUUUACCAAAUGGAUGGACCCAGUACUGUAACGUGUAUUAAUAGGAGAUGGAUGGGAAGGCCAACAUGCAGAGACAGUUCUUGUGUGAAUCCGCCCACAGUACAAAAUGCUUAUAUGAGGGAAAGACAGAAGAAUAGAUAUUCAUCUGGUGACAGAGUACAUUAUGAAUGUAGGAGACCUUAUGAAAUGUUUGGGGAUGCAGAAGUGAUAUGUGUAAAUGGAAACUGGACAGAAGCACCUCAGUGCAAAGAUUCUACAGGAAAAUGUGGUCCGCCUCCACCUAUUGUCAAUGGAGACACUACUUCAUUCCCACUGUCAGUAUAUGCUCCAGAUUCAUCAGUGGAGUAUCAAUGCCAGAACUUGUAUGAACUUGAGGGUAACAAGCGAAUAACAUGUAGAAAUGGACGAUGGUCAGAACCACCAAAAUGCCUACAUCCGUGUGUAAUAUCACAAGAAAUUAUGGAAAAAUAUAACUUAACAUUUAAGUGGACAGCCGAACCAAAACUUUAUGUAAAAUCAGGUGAACCAACUCAAUUUAUGUGUAAAUAUGGAUAUCAUCCUUCACCAAAUUCUCAAAGAUUUCGAAGAACAUGUCAGGAUGGGAAACUGGAGUAUCCCAGUUGUGUAAAAAAAAAUCAGAAUUAAAAUCCACACCUUUAUUUAGAACUUUAUUGUUAAAUCAGUUCUCAAUUUCAUUUUUAAGUAUUGUUUUAUUCCUUUUUAUUCAUAAGUAAAAUUUUGGGUUGAUUUGUGAAAAUGUAAUUAUAAUCUGAGACCCAUGGCCCUCUUCUUAAAAGCUCCAUAUUAAAACUUGGCAAAUA